AUGGCUGCUCUAAAGAGAACAAAAAAUAUAAAUAUCUUAACUGUGCUAACACAGAAGUAUCAGCCACAUAUUACUGCAAGAAGAAACUUGAAUCUGCAAGAAUUUAGCAGUAAGGACUUACUGAAAAAAUAUAAUGUUACAGUCCAAGACUUCCGUGUCUUAGAUUCUAAAUUAGACCCAAAACAGAUAUCGGAUUUUAAAGCUGAUGAGUACGUAGUUAAGGCACAAAUUUUAGCUGGCGGAAGAGGUAAAGGUCAUUUUGAUAAUGGUUUUAAAGGAGGUGUACAUCUAACUAAAAACCGCAAUGAAAUCAUAAAUUUAGCACAAAACAUGAUUGGCAAUAAAUUAAUUACUAAACAAACACCUAAAGAAGGUAUUGUUGUGAAUAAAGUGAUGGUGGCAGAAAGUGUAAAUAUUGUUAGAGAAACAUACUUCAGUAUUGUGAUGGAAAGGAUAUACAAUGGUCCUGCCAUUGUUGCAUCUCCUGCUGGUGGCAUGGAUAUCGAGGCAGUGGCAGAAAAGACUCCUCACUUGUUGAAAGCAAUUCCAAUUGACAUACAUGAAGGUGUAACCGAUAAAAUUGCAGAUGAGGUAGCUGAUUUCUUAGAGUUCAAAGGACCAUUGAGAAAAAAAUGUGCCGAGGAGAUAAAAAAAUUAUGGCAGUUGUUUAAGCAGGUAGACGCAACUCAACUGGAAAUUAAUCCAUUAGUUGAAACAGAUGAUGGAAGAGUUGUUUCUGUAGAUGCUAAGAUCAAUUUUGAUGACUGCGCCAAAUUCAGACAGGAAGAGAUUUUUGCUCUUGAUGAUGUAUCAGAAACAGAUCCCCAAGAAAGAGAAGCUGCAGCCAACAAUCUCGUUUAUAUAGACCUGGAUGGAAGCGUGGGAUGCAUGGUGAAUGGUGCCGGCCUGGCUAUGGCAACUCUUGACAUUAUUAACCUGAAUGGAGGGAAACCCGCCAAUUUCUUAGAUCUUGGUGGUGGUGUUGGCCAGAAGCAAGUCACAGCUGCCAUGAAAAUAUUAGAAGCAGACCCUAAAGUAAAAUCAAUUUUCGUCAAUGUUUUUGCUGGUAUAAUCAACUGUGUUACCAUAGCAAAAGGAAUAAUCGACGCCCUUAAGGAAAAUCCUACAAAACGGCCAAUCGUUAUGAGACUUGUGGGCACCAACUCUGAGCCAGCUAGAAAACUCCUUCUUGAAUCCAAGAUUCCUAUGGAGAUUAUUAAUGAUAUCGACGAAGCGGCAAAAGUAGCGGUGAAAUAUGCAAAAUAG